AUGCGCCUGCCGUCCUUUCUUGCCGUCGCCUGGGGCAUAGCCCUUCCAGUGACCGCACAUGGAGGCGUCUUCAACUACACCAUCGACGGUGUUGACUACCCCGGAGAGUCCACCGCAAGGCUGCCCAUGAAAGGCCAGGUCUCCGUACAACGCCGUUGGUGGGGGGACCCGAUCUACAACAUCUCGCACCCCUAUCUCGCGUGCAACCGCGGCUACCCGCUUCAGGUGCAGCCUCCGAAGGAACACGCGCCCAUCAAGGCCGGCGGGGUGAUCCAAGCAUUCUACGCUCCGCCGCCGUGCCCGCCAAACUGGUCCCGCCCCGACGAGCCCCUUUUCCCGGAGUGGAACGAUCCCAAGCCUAUGGUGUGCCUCACGCCUCGAUCUCCCUGGUAUCACUACUGGGGCCCCCUGAUGGUGUACAUGGCCGAUUGCGGCGGACCGUGCGACAAGUGGGACGGCCGCGGGCAGCGCUGGUUCAAGAUCUGGGAGUCCGGCUACUCCAGCACGAGCUGGCCGGCGGGGUCGAUCUCGAGAGCGUCCAUCACGGACCGCAGGACGUGGGAGCAGAACGAUCUGUGGCAGAAGCCCAUCACCGUCCGGGUUCCGGAGAAGCUGAAGCCGGGCCACUACCUCAUCCGCCACGAGGUGUUCUUCUCGGAAGGGUCCAACGGCUUCCCGCAGCUCUUUCCGCAGUGCGCUCAGCUGGAGGUCAGCGGUCAGGGCACCGCGGUGCCCAGUCAGGAAUACCUGGUCUCCUUCCUGGGCGUCUACAAGGAGUCUGACCCGGCUUUCAAGUAUCUGGGGGAUGCCUAUUACGAGCGCAGACGCCAGACCUAUGAGUACACGGUACCCAGGCCCAAGGUCUGGCGUCCUUAGGCGGACUGCACUUCGGACAAAUCCACAGAGAGGGCCGAGUUAGAUUUCGCCAUCAGAAGGGUUCGAAAGGAUAAGCUCCCCGGAAACGUUUCCGAGAGUCGAACCCCCAAUGGUAUAUACAAGAUGCAGUUGAGCAAUACCGUCUUGGGCGCCAGUCAUUGCGAAGCAUCUGUAACACUUAGCCG